AUGGCUGCAGUGAAAGGCGCCGCACUAGUGCCAGGUGCCGCUUCCGCCGCUAUACGGGAUGGAGGAAUAGCAACCCAACACCCGGUCGAUAGUCAAGGAGUAGAGGCUGCCGAAUCUCAGCCUCUUCUCGGACUGACAGCUCCGAGUGAGGACGCAUGGAAAGCACCGAAGCACUUUCUCUUUAUUGAGACGGCGAUCUUCUCAAAUGUGUUCUUGUACGGCUUUGACUCGACGAUCACUGCAGCAACAUAUGCCGUGAUCAGUUCCGAGUUUGAUGCAGUCAAUACAGCGUCGUGGUUGACGACAUCGUAUCUCGUCACCAGUACUGCCUUCCAGCCACUGUAUGGCCGCAUAUCCGACAUCUUCGGACGGCGUAUCUGCUUCUUUAUCUCGACUAUUACGUUUGCGCUGGGAUGCCUCGGAUGCGGUGUUGCUGAAGAUUUUAUCCUUCUGAACCUGAUGCGCGCUCUUACGGGUUUUGGAGGUGGUGGCUUGAUGACAAUGGCCACAAUUGUCAACUCGGAUAUGAUCCCAUUCAAGAAGCGAGGAAUGUAUCAGGCAUUGCAGAAUGCGAGUUUCGGAUUUGGGGCUAUAUGCGGCGCUUCGUUUGGAGGGUCGAUUGCAGACAACAUCGGGUGGAGGUGGUGUUUCCUACUACAGGUCCCGGUGUCAGCAGUCGCUUUUGUGUUGGGCUACCUUGUGAUCAAGAACCCCCAAACGCGCUUUCAUGAACAAAGCUUCAGAGAAACAUGGCGGGCUGUAGAUGUUUCCGGUGCACUCCUACUGGUCACCGCGAUAUCGGUCCAGCUGGUCGGGCUGAGCCUCGGGGGUAACGAGCUUCCCUGGGGAAGCCCCUGGGUUAUAGGGUCUCUCAUUGGCAGCGUUAUCUUGUUCGUGGUAUUCCUCAUAGUGGAAGCUCGUACAUCAGCAAUCCCGGUCAUUCCACUGCGGAUGCUGAAGGGACGACUUCCUACAUCAACUCAGAUCACCAAUGUUUGUGUUGGGUUAUCUGCUUACGCGUAUCUCUUCAUGUUACCUCUAUUCUUUCAGGUUGUAUUGCUCGACUCUGCGACGAAAGCAGGAGCUCGCCUAGCGAUUCCUUCUCUAGCGAGUCCAAUUGGGGGGUUGAUUGCAGGUGUUGUCAUGUCACGCUAUGGAAAACUGACCACCUUGGUGCGGGUCGGAGCUUUUCUAAUGGCCGCAGGAAAUGCGUUGGUCACUUCACUGCAGUUUGAGGAUUCUACCUGGAAGUAUUAUGCGUACAUCUUCCCAGCGAAUCUCGGCCAAGGGAUCGUGUAUCCAGGCUUGCUCUUCACUUCGCUCGCUACAUUUGAACAUUCCGAUCAUGCUGUUUGCGCAUCGACCGUCUACCUUAUCAGAUCCCUGGGCACAGUCUGGGGCGUUUCGAUCACUUCGGCAAUUCUUCAGACCACUCUCAGCGUCCAAUUGCCAAAUGCGCUAAAUGAUGUACCCGAUAAAUGGACAAUUAUCGAUGCGAUCCGACAUUCCGUCGAGGCAUUGAAGGAGCUACCUCCCGACAUCCAGCUUAAGGCUCGACUCGUGUACUACCGUGGACUCCAGUACUCAUUUGCCGCAUCAACAGGCAUUGCUAUUAUCGCUCUCGUCACUUCCAUGUUGUUGAACGGCAAAGGGUUGCGCAAAACGAGCAGCUAA